AUGCGCGAAGGGUUCUUCUGGGCCACUGAGAACUUCAACUUCAAAGCCACUUACACCCACACCUUCGAUCCCCGCAAGGAGCCCAAACAGUUGGCGCAGAUGGGAUGGACGUGCGCUCGCAACUUCUUCUUGUCGGACCUGGAAGACGACCCUUUUUGGACGGCAAAAAUGUCUGUCUAUGCUCGCGACCGUGUUACUUUGGACAGCUUUGCCGUCACUGGCCUUAGCAGGAAGAACAUGAGUUGGGCUCGCGCAUGGGCAAAGGAUGGGACGAGCGGCUACGUAGAGGAUCUCUACAAGUGGGUAUGUGGCAGUCCCGAGUCUUCCUACAACAAAAUAUACGGCAACUUGCCGCUGGAUGGCUGGUGGCCCUGGCCAAAAGCCGACGAUGAUGAGAUGUUGCAUCUUGAAGCAAUGUCAUACGAAUCAGGAAUGGUUGAGGACGACGACAAGGACGACGAGCAUAAUGAAAACUACGAUGAUGGCGAGGAUGGCGAGGAUGGUGAGAAGGGACCGACAUAUGAUAAUUAUCUAAACUAG